UGUGGUUUCCCCAUGCGUGUCCUGUGAACGACGACUCGCCCGGACUUAUCCGCUCCUAAUUUACUAAAAAAAAUAAAAAUGCCACUCCAUCCAUACCUCCAGAACACAGAUGGCUGCAAGGUAACAGCAAGGCUGAGAGUGCUGUGAAGUCCCCAGAUUUACAUGACAUGGAGGUCAAAGGUCAUCUGAUCACAUCCAUGGGUUUGGGGACCCCUGAUCAAGGCUGCCAGGACAGCAAGCUGCAGGCUGAGAAGAUCGCAGCUCUGCAAGAGAGAAAGCAGACCCUGGAGGCGCUGCUCAACGCAAGAGUGGGAGAGCUCAAACAAGUCUGUUUACAGGAAGCUGAGCUGACUGGGAAGUUGCCACGUGCUUUCCCUCUGGAGCUUGGAGACAAACCCCCAGCGGUGCAGCGCAGAGCUGGCCUGGUGCGCAGCACCAAGGCAGAGGAUGACUCUGCCCAAAAAAAGCAGAUGAAAGCAAUCUUUACCGGGGCUCUGUGCAGAAACUCUGAACUGGACCGAAAUCUCACAAAUAGCAAAAGGACAGUCCAUCGAGGAUGUCAUACAGAGGACACGGUGAUGUCAGAAAGUACCAGCUCCAUGUCAGAUUCAACAUCACACGACAACGACUCUUCACCGAGCGUCGGGGCUGAUCAGCGCUCUCUGUCCCAGCCCCGGCUCACCGUGGGCAGUCCUGACCACAGAAUCAGCAGGAAGCUCUCUCCAGUUGAGAUUUAUUAUGAGAUGAGGACACGCCGUAACUCAGCCACAAGCUCCGUUAGCCCAACUCACUCUUUACCAAGAAGUGCUUCUAACGUUGAAGGUAGAAGUGUUCCAGCCACUCCGAUGUUGGCCCGAACAGCUCCAAUCAGUGUUCACAUCAGGUCAGAUGCAUCAAAUGGUAAUGGGUUGAAACAGUGGUCAGGCAACAUGGAUGUCCCAUAUAUGAUUCCACUGGCUCCGGAGGGCUCCUCUUCUGAUCGACGAAGUUGCCCCUACAGCUCCCGAGCAAGGCGCAGCAACAGCUCUGAGGCCCUCCUGGAUAGAUCUAGCCUCCCAGAUGAUCCUGAACCCAGAAAUGGCAUGCCUCAGAGGGGAGGGCCCUACAAGAGCUCAGAGACACUGACUGAUGGUAAACUGCGGCACAUUCAACUGGGCAGCCCAGAAAAACAAGUGGACAAUUCUAUGAAGCAGGUUAAAAUGCGUCUGUCAAUGGGGGGCAGAGGGACCAACGAAGGUUACAAUGACAUUUUGAUGGACUAUAUCUGGGGUAAACAGCAGAGGAUGCAGGUGCAACACCACUUGUAUCAGUCCACAGGCAGAAUCUGGCAAGAUAUGUCCUCCCCUCGCUCCUCCACCGCGGCGGUGCCUCCUCAUACAAAUGGAUUUUCUCAUUCCCAGGUGCAUCUUCCCAGUUCUGCAACUCCUUACAGCCCCAUGGUCCUCAGAGGGUCCCAAGCUGAGCUACAUAGGGUGAAAGUCACCAGGACCAAAUCUUGUGGACCUUUUAUUCCUUUGCAGCAACAUCAAGAUAGCAUCCUGCUAUCAGCAUAUGAAUCCCCCCUUCCUGCCACUGGCACCAACACAUCCUCCAUUCCUAACCUGCAUCCUUAUCAAACUGAGCUGUCUGUUCCACCCUUCAGCCGUAGACCCCCCCAGUUUUCUCUUCCAACACCAGAAGAUUCAACAAGGAACCUGCAUAAAGCUCUGGCUCUGGAGGGACUGAGGGACUGGUACCUGAGAAAUGCUUUUGGCUAUCCUCCCUCUGCCUCAAAGGGUCAUGAGGCAGGAAUCUCUUGUCUCUCACACCCUCAUCCUCUGGUGCACCAAGCCCAGUCUCUUCAAGGUGAACCAGCCAACCCCCAGAGGCCCCAGAUGCCCCAGUCAGCCAGCUUCCAUGGACACCCACUACAUGGACGGUCGAUGGAGUUUUCACUUUAUCAGGAGGCUCCAGAUCCACAGAAGCAAGAGGUGACUCCCAACGAAACCAGUGCAGACCCAGGCACACUGGUCUGAAGCAGCAGAAUGUACUCACACGUACAACCACACACUGCGAUGAAUGAGUCGAAACACUGUAGCAUCAUGUGGACUUGAUUCAAAGUGCAAGGUGAUAAAAUGUGACCUCAACAGCUCAGCAAAACCUGACAACCUCAGUCAAAUGUAGCUGUACAGAAAAACCCUCGGAUGGUUCCCUGUGUUAGAUCUGACUCCAUCAGUGUGAACUUUCAAACCAGUGUUCCCACAUGGAUGUGCACUGGCGCUGACUUGUGGAGCAUCUAAAACCAGUAUAAUCACAAUCUAUGGUUAUAUGUAUAUAAACACUUUUGGUCCAACAUAAGCAGU